CGCCGCCUGCCUGCGAGGUUCGCCUCGGCUCCCGGCCGCGCGGCGGGCAGGGGUCCUGCUCCCCGAGCUCCUCGCCGCCCCUUCCCGGGGCCCGGGGCCGAGCGCAGCGGCUUGUGCGCGGCGGCCGCUGCUCUUGCCCCCCUUCUCCCCUCCCCACGCGCUCGCCCGCGGCCCCUCCUCCGCGCACUCCGCCGCCGCCUCUCGCCCGAGAGCCGCUCCGCACCUUCGCGAGGAGUUUGCAGCCGCCCCAGCCCAGACACCGCGGCCGGCUCACCGCCAGCGACGCAGGUGCUCGAGCCCCGGCGCCGCCGCCACCUCUGCCUUCCGCCUGGGCUGGACCUCGGCAUCGAGGUCUUCUUACUACUUUGGAAACUGAAGGGACUGCGACAUCAACCAGUAAGCCUUGGGGCCCGGAGGAAGGAUUUGUUGUUGGUUUGGACAAGAGAAAACUUGUCCACACUCUCCUGCUCCCCCCAAGCAAAUUUAAAAAAUAAAGCAGACCAGCAAAACCGAAUCCCAACCCAAGCACUUAUUUAAAGGGAUUUGUAGAGGUGAGAAAAAGACUCAACUGAGGAAUCACUUUGGAACCCGUAGGUGGAUUUUUCUGAAGUAAGAUGAUUUGUCAAAAAUUCUGUAUAGCUUUGUUACAUUGGGAAUUUAUUUAUGUGAUAACUGCAUUUAAGUUGGCAUAUCCAGUUACUCCCUGGAGAUUUAAGUUGUCUUGCAUGCCACCAAAUACAACCUAUGAUUUCCUGCUGCCUGCUGGAAUCUCAAAGAACACUUCCCACCUGAAUGGAUAUUAUGAGGCAGUUGUUGAAGCUAAAUUUAAUUCAAGUGGCACCUACUUUUCUAACUUACCAUCCAAAACAACUUUCUACUGUUGCUUUUGGAGUGAGGAAGAUAAAAACUGCUCUGUACAUGCAGACAACAUUGAAGGGAAGUCAUUUGUUUCAACAGUAAAUUCUUUAGUUUUUCAACAAAUAGGUGCAAACUGGAACAUACAGUGCUGGAUGAAAGAGGACUUGAAAUUAUUCAUCUGUUAUGUGGAGUCAUUAUUUAAGAAUCCUUCCAAGAAUUAUGACCUUAAGGUCCAUCUUUUAUAUGUUCUACCUGACAUGCUGGAAGAGUUGCCUUUGGUCUCCCGGGAAGGCCGUUUCCACGUUGCUCAGUGCAGCUGCAGUGCUCGUGAAUGUUGUGAAUGCCAUGUGCCCGUGCCAUCAGCCAAGCUCAGCUGUACACUCUUUAUGUAUUUGAAAAUCACAUCUGGUGGAGUAAAUUUUCAGUCACCUCUGAUGUCAGUUCAGCCCAUAACUGUUGUGAAGCCUGAUCCACCAUUAGGCUUGCAUAUGGAAAUCACAGACACUGGUAAUCUAAAGAUUUCUUGGUCCAGUCCAACAUUGGUACCAUUUCAACUUCAAUAUCAAGUGAAAUAUUCAGAAAAUUCUACAGUUAAUAUGAGAAAGGCUGAUGAGAUUGUCUCGGCUACAUCUCUGCUAGUAGACCGGGUGCUUCCUGGGUCUUCAUAUGAGGUUCAGGUGAGAGGCAAGAGACUGGAUGGCCCAGGAAUCUGGAGCGACUGGAGCAGCCCUCUUAUCUUUACCACACAAGAUGUCAUAUACUUUCCACCUAAAAUUCUGACAAGUGUUGGGUCUAAUGUUUCUUUUCAUUGCAUCUAUAAAAAUGAAAACAAGAUUGUCUCCUCAAAAAAGAUUGUUUGGUGGAUGAAUUUAGCUGAGAAAAUUCCUCAAAGCCAGUAUAAUGCUGUGGGUGAUCAUGUUAGCAAAGUUACUUUUCCCAAUUUGAAUGCAACCAAGCCUCGAGGCAAGUUCACCUAUGAUGCAGUGUACUGCUGCAAUGAGCAUGAAUGCCAUCAUCGCUAUGCUGAAUUGUAUGUGAUUGAUGUCAAUAUCAAUAUAUCAUGUGAAACUGAUGGGUACUUAACUAAAAUGACUUGCAGAUGGGCAACUAAUGCAAUCCAAGCACUUGUGGGAAGUUCUCUGCAGUUGAGGUAUCAUAGGAGCAGCCUUUACUGUUCUGAUGUUCCAGCUAUUCAUCCCAUAUCUGAACCCAAAGAUUGCCACUUACAGAGAGAUGGUUCUUAUGAAUGCAUAUUUCAGCCAAUCUUUCUAUUAUCCGGCUAUACAAUGUGGAUUAGAAUCAAUCACUCUUUGGGUUCACUUGACUCUCCACCAACAUGUGUCAUCCCUGAUUCCGUGGUGAAACCACUGCCUCCAUCCAGUGUGAAAGCAGAAAUUACUGUAAACAUUGGAUUAUUGAAGAUAUCUUGGGAAAAACCUGUCUUUCCAGAGAAUAAUCUUCAGUUCCAGAUUCGCUAUGGCUUAAGUGGAAAAGAAGUACAAUGGAAGAUGUAUGAGGUGUAUGAUUCAAAAUCAAAAUCCACCAGUCUGCCUGUGCCAGACCUAUGUGCAGUCUAUGCCGUUCAGGUGCGCUGUAAGAGGCUAGAUGGAAUGGGAUACUGGAGUAAUUGGAGUACUCCAGCCUACACAGUUGUCCUGGAUAUAAAAGUUCCUGUCAGAGGACCUGAAUUUUGGAGAAUAAUUAAUGAAGACAUCAUGAAAAAAGAGAGAAAUGUCACUUUACUCUGGAAGCCUCUGAUGAAAAAUGACUCAUUGUGCAGUGUAAGAAAAUAUGUGGUAAAACACCAUACUUCCCACAAUGGGACAUGGUCAGAAGAUGUGGGAAAUCGCACUAGAUUCACUUUCCUAUGGACAGAGCAAGCCCAUUCUGUUACAGUCCUGGCUGUCAAUUCAGUUGGUACUUCUCAUGCAAAUUUUAAUCUGACAUUCUCAUGGCCUGUGAGCAAAGUAAAUAUCGUGCAGUCACUCAGUACUUAUCCUUUAAACAGCAGUUGUGUGAUUCUUUCCUGGAUACUAUCACCCAGUGAUUUCAAUCUGAUGUAUUUUAUAAUUGAGUGGAAAAUUCUUAAUGAGGACAAUGAAAUUAAAUGGCUUAGAAUUCCUUCAUCUGUUAAGAAGUAUUAUAUCCAUGAUCAUUUCAUCCCCAUUGAGAAGUAUCAGUUCAGUCUUUACCCAAUAUUUAUGGAAGGAGUGGGGAAACCGAAGAUAAUUAAUAGUUUUACCCCAGAUGAUAUUGAAAAACACCAGAAUGAUGCAGGUCUAUAUGUAAUUGUGCCAAUAAUUAUUUCUUCUUCAAUCUUAUUGCUUGGAACGUUGUUAAUAUCACACCAAAGAAUGAAAAAGCUGUUUUGGGAAGAUGUUCCAAACCCCAAGAAUUGUUCCUGGGCCCAAGGACUUAAUUUUCAGAAGAGAACGGACAUUCUUUGAAGUCUAAUCAUGACCACUGCAGAUGAGCCCAGUGUACCAACUCCCCAACAUUCUAUAGAGUAUUAGAAGAUUUCACAUUUUGAAGAAGGGGAGAAAAUCUAAAAGAAAUUUUGGUUGAACUAUUGAGAACUAAACUAUGGUGGAUCAUGGAUAAUGUUGGCUUAGAAUUUAAAAUAGAUGAGUAAAUUUGGGGUGAGGAUACAGGUCUGAGUGCAAUUCAGUUUGGAUGUAAGAUUAUAUUUCAGGUCAUUCAAAGUUUAAAAAGUGAUAUUCAUGAUAAUCUGGCUUUUGCCUUAUCAUUUGUCUGGGCAUGGAACAUUAACAGUUAUGACUGUUGCCCUUACCAGUUAUCUAUUUGAUAUCAUCAAAUACAUGGUAGACAAUGUAAACUAUGUAAAAAAUGCAACUUCUGACACUUAGCUUUGAAAAUACAGUGACUUUAAUUACAGAAUUCAGCAAAAGCAUGAGUUUAUAUUUUUAUGUCCAAAACUUUCAAUUUUAUAUAUUUUUAUAGACACUUCAGCCUAUGAACUAAUCUAUUUGGGUGUUCUUUUGAAUGUCUCAUAGCUUUUAUGUAGAUCUAACUUUGGUCAAUCUGGGAACUGCCAUUUUCAGUAGCCUUGAGAAUGGCUUAAGUCCUAAUCUCCAUUUCAGUUCAAAGAAAGCUAGAAGUCACAGUUUGUGCCGGUCACAGGCCAGUGAAGUUAAAAUUCAUAUCUGGAUGACCUGACAUAUCCAGGUCACACUGACCAGAUCAGAAAAUACAAUAGCCUCCUUGUGAAAUUCUUGCCUAAAGUUAAUUUAUUUACACAGAACCACCCAGGUUCUGGCAGGCAGGGAAGUGGGCAGUGAUGCAAAAAGGGAGAGACUCUUUGGAGCUCUAAAAAUAGUUCAUGGUGUGAAUAGGACUUUUCUCCCUAGAAGAAGACCUCCUGUUCUGUCUAUGAAUUUAGCAUACUAGGUGUGCUAUGUUGCUCACAUUCAAAAUAAACCAAAGCCUUUGUUUGAUGAGCCCAAAUAAUAGUCAAAUGUAGGCCGUAUGUGGGUCACCUACAUUUGGGUUUCAUUCGUAGUUUUAUUUGAAUGUAAAAAAAACCCACUAAAAAUGAGAAAAAAUGUGUCAUUUUCUCCCUUUUUUUGCUUUUAAUAGAUAUCAUUAGAAUAUAAAAAUCUAAGCAUGAAAUUAUGAAAAGAUAUUCUUUAAUUCCUACUAGCUAAAUACAUAUUUAAUAUGUUUCCAGGCUGUUCUAAAGUCUCAAAAAAGUAGAUGCAUAUAUGAUUGAAAUUAUUUUUUUAAUGAACAUACUUUUAAUAGAGGUUUGUUGACCCAUUGAUAAAAUAUACUUCAAUAAUUUAUGAGUAUGUAAUUUCUCAUUAUCAGUAAAAUCUUCUAUUUGAAUGAAUCUGAAGACUUGUAAAUUAUUUGAUAUCAAUAAUUGGUUACCAACUAUGAAGUUUUAGAGGGCAUGAAGUAUGUCAAACAUGUCAUUUGAAGAACAUAUGUGAGUUUGCAUGCUGUGGGGUGUUUGUAUUUUUUGUUUUUAUAUUGAUACAGAUAACUCCUUUAUUUGGUAAUUUUAAUUUCUAAGUUCAAUUUUAAGAAAUUCAAUACAUUUUUAGUACUAUUAAGAAAAACAAUGAACAGACAAAUAUUUGAAGGAAAUCAUAAAUCUAAUUACAGAUUUUGUCAGAAAGAAAAUAGGCAAAGGAACAGUUUUCUUUUCAUUUAUUAUGUUCAUAGAAUAACAGAAAACGUUACGUUAAGAUGGUAUUUGUCUUUAUGCAGUAUUUUAAUAUCUAUAUAAGUCUUUCAUUAUUAUUAUAUUCAGUGUUUGGUGUAGUAUUCUUUUAUGACUAUAAUCACCAAUAUAUUUCAUUUAAGAGUUCAAAACUGUGUCAAAUGAACUGUGUUUUUAUAUGGAAUAUAUUUGCUAUGAAGAAGAAUAGUUGGGUAUAUUGUUAUUUCAGGCAAUAAAUAUGAAUUCAUUCUAUUAGUUUAAAAAUUUUUAAUUUCAAAAGUUCAAUGAUAUGUAUUACAUACAAAUUGAAUGCAUUUCCUAUAGUGCUUCGGUUGUGUUCAUUUUUCCAUGUGAUGUGUCCACAGUAUUCUUUAUUUUGCAUUUAUUUUUCAAUGUGUUUACAUUGUGUAAGUUGAACUUUUUGCACACAGAUUCUUGGCUUGUAGUUGCUUAGCAGGAUUUUUUUGUUGUGAUGUAACCACCAUUCUUAUAAAAAA